AUGGCUUCCGCUUUCCUCCCCCGACUAUCCUCUCCGACUCUUAUAUCUGGGGUGUAUUUCCGCCAGUUCACCCAGAAGUUUCUACCGACCUUAUCGAUUGCGAUCCCCGGCGUUUCUCUAAACCUCCCCACCAUCGACGAUAUCUGGGAGUCUGUGCUACGAGCUGUACCUAAGAACAAGGUCUCUCACUCAAAGAAGCGAUCCAGACAAAUGGCGGGCAAGGCGUUGAAGGACUCGAAACAAUACUUAACCACGCAUACCGUGGAUAAUGCCCAUAUUACCGAUAUUUUCUCUAUUGCGACUACACCCAAAGCUGUGAUAUCAGGUAGCGGCUCCUCUACGCUGCAUAUUCAUGAUACCACUGAUACUUCAUUCCCUCUCAAGCAGUCCAUCUCAGAUGCGCACAAACUAGGCUGCCACCAUGUGUGCACCUCACGGAACGGCAAUGUUGCUGCGAGUGCUGGCUUUGGAGGUGAGGUAAAGGUAUGGAAAGUCGACAACGACACUGGUGAAUGGAGCUUGAGCGGAGAAAUCACAGGCCCUUCAUCCAAGCCUGGCGAGGCCUGGGCGAUGGCAUUGAGUGAGGAUGGCUCUUACCUUGCUACCACAACCAACGAUGGGCGAGUCAACGUCUGGAACGUAUUGGACGACAAGAUGUCCAAGAUCCGAGAGUACGAGACUGGAAGUGCUGGAUCAGGCAGCUUUGGCAUGUCAGUGGACUUGAGCCGUGAUGGCAAAUACACUGCUAGCGGACACCAAAACGGAUCCGUCUACAUUUUCAACAACGAUACAGGAAGAGUCUUGUACUCACUAUCUGGUCUCGCGAAGCCUGUGCGAUCAGUCGCCUUUUCUCCGGGCAACACCCGACUUGCAGCAGCUGGUGACGCUGGGAUUAUUGCACUCUACGACAUGAAGCACGGAGAGCAUGUAGGAAACCUAACAGGGCACUCCUCGUGGAUCACCUCCCUCGACUGGAGUGACACUGGAGAGUAUCUACUGAGCGGCUCUAUGGAUGGAAAGGUCAAAGUGUGGUCAAUUGAGCGUGCUGCUUGCGUUGCCACGCAUAGCGAGACGGACAAGGCCCUUUGGUCAGUGAAGUGGCUACCAAAGACGGUCAGAAGCGAGAUGUUUUGUACGGCUGGUGCAAACAGGAGCCUGUCCUUCUACCGGGAAGCCACUGGCGGUUAA